AUGUCCAGAAGAAACUACACUGAAGUGACAGAAUUUAUUCUUUUGGGUCUAACAAGCCGUCCGGAGCUUCGAGUUGUCUUCUUUGUGCUGUUCCUUGUGGUCUACAUGGUCACUAUCUUAGGAAACCUGGGUAUGAUUGUUUUAAUCAAAAUUGAUUCUCGGCUUCAUACUCCUAUGUACUUCUUUCUCUCAAGUCUGUCUGUGUUAGAUCUAUGUUUUUCCACAAAUGUUACUCCCAAAAUGCUAGAGAAUUUCUUAUCGGAGAAGAAGACCAUCUCAUAUGCAGGUUGUUUGGUGCAGUGCUAUAUUGUCAUUGCUGUGGUUCUUACAGAGCACUGCAUGUUGGCUGUCAUGGCUUAUGACCGCUACAUGGCCAUCUGCAACCCACUGCUCUACAGUAGCAAGAUGUCCAAGAGUGUCUGUGUCCGCCUCAUUGUUGUCCCUUAUGUAUAUGGCUUCCUCUUAAGUGUAAUGGAAACCUUGAGGACCUACAACCUCUCCUUCUGUGGUGCUAAUGAAAUCAACCACUUUUACUGUGCUGACCCCCCUCUUAUCAAGCUGGCAUGCUCUGACACCUACAGCAAAGAGUUGUCGAUGUACAUAGUAGCUGGGUACAGCAAUGUCCAGUCGCUCCUGAUCAUCCUUACAUCAUACAUGUUCAUUCUGGUUGCCAUACUCAGAAGUCGUUCUGCAGAGGGGAGAAAAAAGGCCUUUUCCACAUGUGGCUCCCACCUCACUGUGGUCACCAUCUUCUAUGGGACCCUCUUCUGUAUGCACAUGAGACGUCCUACUGAGGAAUCUGUGGAGCAGGGUAAAAUGGUGGCUGUGUUUUACACCACGGUGAUCCCCAUGCUGAACCCCAUGAUCUAUGGUCUCAGAAACAAGGAUGUAAAAGAGGCCUUUAAAAAAGCAAUAGGGAAGCACAAGCUGGGGAAAUAA